CCGUGAGUCAGCUGAUCGGCAACGACAAAAUUAUAACCUCCUCUUCAUCUCCUUUUUUUACUUGGUUCCGUCUUUCCCCUUCCUCUUUUGUUUUCUCUCUUCCUUUCCUACUUCAUCUCUGCUUUUCCUGACACCGCAAAAAUGGACGUUGACAUGAAAAAUAAGGACGAGAUCGACGACAAGCGUGACAGAGAGAGAGACCGCGAGUUCGACCGCGACAAGGACCGUGACAGGGAGCGCGACAGAGAACGUGAACGGGAUCGUGAUAGGAGGGACCGCGACAGGGACCGUGAUCAUAUCAGGAGGGACACGGGUCGGGGCGGUAGGAGUCGGACUGACCACUGGGAACCAGAUGACAGACGGAAUGGAGAUCGCCGGAAGCGUUCGCGCAGUAGAACACGUUCCCGGUCUCCGAGGCGUCGUUCAGCUUCGCCUCGUGACCGCAGGCAUUCACGCCGUUCGCGCUCUCGCAGUCGUAGUCGGACGCCCUCGCACUCCCGUAGUCGUGACCGCGGUGACCGUAAGCCAGCUGAUCCGUUCCCUCGUUCCCUUGGUGGGCCCAUGAACGCAACUCAUGAAGAAGCCGUUGAAUUUGCCAAGAUCAGCAAGAGAGAAAACCGAGUCUAUGUCGGCAAUCUCAGUUACGACGUCAAGUACCGUGACCUAAUGGAAUUCAUGAGGGGAGCUGGUGAGGUUCUAUUCGCCGAAGUACUCGUCACGCCAACGGGAGUGUCCAAAGGCUGCGGCAUUGUCGAAUUUGCUUCGCCUGAGGAUGCGCAACGCGCCAUCCGCGAACUCUCCGAGGUGGCCAUGCUUGGGCGCCCUGUAUUCAUUCGCGAGGACCGAGAGAACGAGUCGCGCUUCGGCGCUACGCCUGUCCCAGGCAAGAUUGGAAUGGCGAUGGCAGGACAAGGUUUGCAUGCGCAGCCACCUCCACGUCCGCCCCAUCAUAAUUAUUUUGGAACUCACAACAACCCCGGUAAUCAGCUGUAUGUUGGCAAUUUACCGUAUCAAGCUGGUUGGCAAGACCUGAAGGAUCUAUUCCGUUCGGCUGGUAAUAUUAUUCGGGCUGAUAUUAACAUUGGUGCGGACGGGCGUCCCAAGGGCUCCGGAACUGUAGUGUUUGAGACUGCAGCUGAUGCUAAGCAAGCCAUCGGUAUGUACCACGGCUUUGACUGGUAUGGCCGCACACUGGAGGUUCGGGAGGACCGCUAUGCGGGUCUUUCUGGCCCAGGCUCGUUCCGUGGUAGCCCUUUCCGAGGUGGUGGUGGCGGCGGCGGCGGCUAUGGUGGUCGUGGUCUGCGUGGUGGCCUCAGGGGUAGUUUCCGAGGCAGCUACCGCGGCGGGUUCGCGCCCUCUGGUCCUGCUCGUGAUUUCUCGAAUCAGGACCUGUACGCAGACUACUCUGGUCCUGACCAGCCUGCUGCUCACGGUGGCCUGAGAAUGGAUGGCUACAGUAGCGGCUACGGGAGCAGUGGCUAUGGUGUGGCGGGUAGUGGUGGCGCUGGUGGAGGAUAUGAUGCGGAGCCUAGCCAGCAAAUCAUGGUUCGCAAUCUCCCUUGGUCUACUGCAAAUGAAGAUCUCGUCGAGUUGUUCGAGACUACUGGGCAAGUUGAACUCGCUGAAAUCCUUUUCGAUGGCGCUAGAUCCAAGGGAUGCGGUGUAGUCCAGUUUGCUCAGGUUCAAGAGGCGGAGACGGCUAUUUCAAAAUUCCAGCAGUACAUGUAUGGUGGACGUCCUCUCGACGUGCGGUUCAACGACAGAUGGCAUACAUUUACACCCACUGCAGCCAAGGGCGGCCAGGUGAUGCCCAUGCAGGCGGAAUGAUCUAUUUGUACUCUUGCCACCUUUCUGUUCUCUCGACAUUUAAACUGUGACCGCGUUCAGGUCGAUAAAAAUAUUGUGAAUCAUCGUUGAAUCUUUUGUCUCUUCCAAGUUUGAUUUGUCUUUAACUAAUCAUAAAGUCGAAUGUGCGUAUGCUUGCAAUGAAUCACUGUUUAACAAGA